AUGAGUAAAGAAGAGAAACCUUCACACAACUCUGUGUAUAAUGAGCUCCGUCUGACGGGGGAACAUUGUGAUGCCGUCAUCAAAGUUGACGAUGUGGAAUUUCAAGUCCAUAAAGUCAUCCUCUGUAACUGUAGCCCAUAUUUUCGAGCUCUCUUCAGGCACCGGUCAGACACGGACGAGCAGAUCUUCAGCAUUCCCGACCUGUCUCCUGACACAAUGCAGCUCAUCCUUGACCAUGCUUACAACGGCUCAGUUUCUGUCACAAAGGACAACGUGUUGGACCUUCUGCGGGCUGCCGAUCAAUUCAACAUAGACAAUAUCAUAUAUAUUUGCUGCAAUUUCCUUGAGGAGCAAAUGUACCCUGGAAACUGUAUUGGUAUUUGGCAUUUAACCAACACCUACUUCUAUCCCAAACUGCGCUCCAAGGCUUUUCACUACAUCACUGAGCACUUUGAGGAGGUUGCAAACUGUGAAGAGUUCCUGCAGAUCCCCGUGGAGGAGCUCACUGAUAUCAUUGAAAAAGACCACCUCAAUGUAAAACAGGAGAGUAUUGUGUUUGAGGCCAUCAUGAAGUGGAUUAACCAUUUACCUGAAGAACGAAAGACACACAUUGUUGCUCUCUUACCAAAGGUCCGACUGGCUCUGCUGGAUAUGGAGUAUUUUAGAGUAAACGUGCUCACCAGUGAGCUGGUAAAGAGGAACCCUGAGUGCUUCUCCAUCAUCAGUAGUGCUCUAAUAUCUAGGGCCACCAGUUCUGGGCUGCCCAGAUUUACCCAGCCUCGCAUACCAAGAUCCAUUUUGCUGGCCAUUGGGGGAUGGAGUGCUGGAGAAUCAACCAACUGCAUUGAGGCCUAUGAUAUCCAGACUGACCGAUGGAGAAAUGUGCCGAGCUAUGCUGGGCGUCCUCGUUCCUAUCACGGCACUGCAUUCCUCAAUGGAUAUGUAUACUUUAUUGGGGGUUUUGACGGACGAGACUUUUUGAACAGCGUGUCCAGGUUGGACCUAACCACACACACGUGGCACGAGGUGGCACCGAUGUACUUUCGCCGCUGCUACGUAAGUGUGACUGUACUCAACGGGUGCAUAUAUGCUAUUGGAGGCUAUGAUGGGCACACUCGAUUCAGGACUGCAGAGUACUACGAACCCCAGACCAACCAGUGGACUUGUAUUGCACCGAUGCACGAGCGGAGGAGUGACGCCAGCUGCACAACAUUACACAACAAGAUCUAUAUUUGUGGUGGAUUCAAUGGGGAAGAUUGCCUGGAAACAGCUGAAUAUUACAAUCCAGAGACCAUGCAGUGGACAUUGAUCUCACCAAUGACUUGUCAGCGCAGUGGAGUUGGUGUGGUUGCGUGUGGAGAUAAAGUCUAUGCAGUUGGGGGGUUUGAUGGUCACAACCGUCUCUGCUCUGCUGAGAGCUACAACCCAGGAACCAACACUUGGAACAACAUUGCAUCCAUGACAACUCCCCGCUGCAACUUUGGUAUCGAAGUCAUGGAAGACCUGCUCUUUGUUGUGGGGGGUUUCAACGGCUUCACCACCACCAAUGAUGUGGCGAAGUAUAACAAAGAAACAGAUGAGUGGCACACUCUUUGCAAAGUGGAUGUCUUCCGGAGCGCCCUGAGCUGUUGUGUUGUGUUCGGACUCCCCAAUAUGGCUGACUAUGUUCCCCCUCGUAACUCCCUGCCUUUAGAGGAUAUUGAGAGUGACACUGACAACUCCUCCUGA